AUGAAUCUUCCUGUUGAUAUCUUAGUGGAAAUUCUCUCAAGGGUUCCUGCUAAGUCUCUCCAUCGUUUCAGGUGCGUUUCCAAGUGGUUUAACUGUUUAAUAUGUGAUCACCAAUUCCAGAACAAACACCUCGGACAUGCCAAAAGUUGUACUAGGGAUUUGGAGUCCAAAAGACUGAUUACUCGUGUUGAUGGUCUCGCGCUAUCUUUCUCGUUAUCUUCUACUUAUAACAACGCAUUCACCUGGAGGCCUAACUAUGUUAGCGAUAACAAAAGGAAAAGUUCCACAUUCAUGCUUGUUAAUUGCCCGUCUGUCAAUGGUUUGUUAUGCGUGAAGUUAGGUACUUUUGAUAAGUUAGCUGUACAUCUUUGGAACCCUACUACCAAUGAGUUAAGACGACUGCCAAAUUCUUCACUUUUUUUAGGUGAGGAAACAUAUGAUCCAUGUGAUGAACCCAUUUACGGAUUAGGUCAUGACUCAGCCAAUGAUGAUUAUGUAGUUGUAAGAAUGAUCAUGAGGUCACCAAAUUCCAUGGUUAUCAAAUUUGAAGUGUACUCUUUGAAAAAUGACUCUUGGAGGCUUAUUCAAUUACAACCAUUCUCUUACGCUAGUUUUCGUCAAGAUGAGUAUUUUAACUGCCAGUCUUUGAAUAGUAGAUUCCAUUGGAUGGUCUUAGAUGACAACAGAGAUGAUAUCUCAUACGUGAUUGUGUCCCUAAAUUUAUCAAACGACGAAUACAAAGAAAUUCCACAACCUAAUUAUCAAAAGUUUUCAAUUGUUGAUGUGGAUUACACUGAUGUUGUUGUUCUAGAUGGCCAACUCUGUGUCUACAUCCAUUACUUUGGACGUUCUUUUGAUUUGUGGACAAUGAAAGAUUAUGGGGUUCAACAAUCUUGGAUGAUGAUGCUAUCUAUCCCUCAACAUGAUAUUUUGGCAUCUCUUAAUUUGGAUACGAGCUGGCUAGGUCAUGUGCAGUUCCUUCCGUUCUACUUGUUCGAAAAUGGUGAUUUUUUGCUCAAGGUACACACAGGAGAGAGAAAAGACAUUAUGGUCUACAAGAAAGACAAGAAAGUAUUAGAGGCUAGUAUUCUUGGUCAUGAAACAAUAGGACGUAGUUAUGUUUACACAGAGACCUUAAUUUCACCCAACCAAUAUCUCACCCCAGCCCCUCUGAGAAUCGUGAAAAAUCUCAAUCGAGUCUCAAGGGAUAGGCUUAUUCAGUAUGUUUCUUAG